GGUACUAGAGCUCUCGUAUAACAACUUGACAAUUGACCCAACUAGCAGUAAUGAAGCCAUGUUCUCAUCCCAACAGUUCAUAGUACUUAGAUUGGCUUCGUGUAAGUUGCAAAAGUUUCCAGAUCUUAGAAAUCAAUCGAAGAUGGGAAUAUUAGAUCUUUCGGACAAUGAAAUUGGAGGGGGAAUACCAAACUGGAUUUGGAAAGUUGGCAAUGGAGGUCUCAAUGUUCUGAACCUUUCUUGCAAUUUUUUGGAGUAUCUGGAAGAACCUUACAGCAUUUAUGGCAGUCUUUUUGUAAUUGACUUGCACUCAAACAGACUUCAAGGCAAUCUACCAAUCCCACCAGCAGUAUUCAUCUAUGUGGACUACUCAGACAAUAAUUUCAGCCUAAAGAAAAUCUGAUCGAAUUUGUCUCACAAGUUCAGUAUAUGCAUUACCAAGACACAGUGAGAGUAACCAUGAAAGGCCUGGAGGUGGAGCUUGUAAAAAUUCUCAGAAUCUUCACAUCCAUUGAUUUCUCAAGCAAUAAGUUUAAUGGAGAUAUACCAGAUUCAAUUGGGGCUCUUAAUUCACUUCAUCUUCUCAACCUAUCACACAAUGCUCUCAUAGGCAAAAUCCCUCAAGAAUUUGGAAAUUUGACACAGCUUGAAUCUCUGGACCUCUCAGCUAACCAGUUGAGUGGAGAGAUCCCCGUGCAACUCACAAAACUCACUUUUCUUUCAGUCUUGAAUCUAUCCGUAAAUGAGUUCUGUGGCAAGAUUCCAACUGGCAAUCAGUUUCAAACUUUUUCAGAAGAUUCGUUUCGAGAUAAUCAUGAACUUUGCGGAUUUCCAUUGAAUGCAACGUGCGAUAAUAAUUCAAGUUCCAAGGGGUUUCCAUGGCCGAGUUCAAAUGGCAGCCAUUCAGACCCCAAAUCUAAGGACGCGCCGGGAAUAAAUGCUGCAGAUAAACAGUGUUAUGGUUAAGCUCCAGUUUUAGAUUCAAUUUCAUUGUAAAAGCAAAUAAAAAUUGUUUGUAGAUGAUCAAGAUAUUGAAAAUAAUGAUGACGCGAUUGAUAGCAAGGCCUAUCUGUGAA